UAUAAAACUUGAUGGAGGUUGACAAACAAGGGAAAUGGCCUCGGGAAAGUGCCAACUGCCGGCUAACAAUUCUUCUCCCCCAUUUUCUCUUCUACAAUUCCAGCCUUGAUUUCCAAAUCCUCUCCCUCACUCCGAACCUAUGUCAAUCGCUCUCUCUUCUUCCUCUUCGCCACUUUUUGCUUUCUCCUCCGUCGAAUUGAAGCCAAUCAACACCAAGAAUCUUGCCUCCUUCAGAAUACCCACUUCCUUCUCUGCACGCCCUUUAAUUUCCAGAAAAUCAUGUCGGGUUAUGGCAACUGUUCUAAAGGAAGAUGAGGAAAAAGUGGUUUUGGAGGAAUCAUUCCCUCCCAAGGCUUCUCCUAUUCAAGACGGGGAAGGAGGAAGUGGCCAAGGACCAGAAAGUUCAUCAUCUAAUGGCUUUGAUAAAUGGAUCGUUAAGCUUGAACAAUCUGUUAAUGUUCUUCUCACGGAUUCGGUAAUCAAAAUUCUUGAUGCAUUUUACCACGAUAGACACUACGCAAGGUUCUUUGUGUUGGAAACUAUUGCAAGGGUUCCCUAUUUUGCGUUUGUGUCAGUUCUGCAUAUGUACGAAAGUUUUGGUUGGUGGAGAAGAGCUGAUUAUCUGAAAGUUCAUUUUGCUGAGAGCUGGAAUGAGAUGCAUCACUUGCUGAUCAUGGAGGAACUGGGGGGCAACGAUUGGUGGUUUGACCGUUUUCUUGCUCAACAUAUUGCUGUUGCUUAUUACUUCAUGACAGUAUUUAUGUACAUGAUUAGCCCAAGAAUGGCAUAUCACUUUUCUGAAUGUGUUGAAAGCCAUGCAUUUUCAACUUAUGAUAAAUUUUUAAAGGCCGAAGGAGAGGAGUUAAAAAAACAGCCUGCUCCUGAGGUUGCCGUGAAGUAUUACACUGAAGGAGAUUUGUACUUAUUUGAUGAAUUUCAAACUUCGAGAGCUCCCAAAUCACGAAGACCGAAAAUAGAAAGCUUGUACGACGUUUUCAUGAACAUCAGAGAUGACGAAGCUGAGCAUUGUAAGACGAUGAGAGCCUGUCAAUCACAUGGGAAUCUCCGGUCGCCACAUUCUUAUUCAGAGAGCUGUCCUGAAGAAGAUGAGCCACUCUGCAACUUAGCUGAAGCAGAUUGUGAAGGCAUUGUAGACUGUAUAAAGAAAUCCAUUACUUCUUCCCCACCUGUAAAGCAAAAGCUAUGAUAUAUACACAUAGAAAAAAAAAGUAAGUUCACUUAGAUUCACACAUAGCAAAUAUCUCUGUCACAUUCAUACAGGAGGAAAAAAUCUAAGGUCCACACAUCGAUCAUUUUAUGAUAUUAUUAAAGGUGACGUUGCGCCUAUCUUUGUAAUAAAGUGGUUAUAGCGAUCAUAGAGUUUCAAAUUUCUUAUGCCAUGCAAUUGCCCAUGAAAAAUGUCUACUCUAGUUCACUAAUGAACUCGUAAAGGUUGUUUGAGACUUUAAGUUGGUUAUUAUGGUCGGUGAUUGAGAUGUA